AUGGCUGAGCCACCAGCUGUCUAUCCUUUGUUCCUGCAGGAUACGGUCAAGGCAAACCAAGUGCUAAUUCUGCUCACUCUGCACUUUAACGAUGUCCUCGAUGUGGAACUGGUUCGCUCGUCGCUCUCAACGCUUCUCCGGAUAGGACACUGGCGAAAGUUGACAGGCCGCCACUACAGAACUCCCAAUGGCAACUGGGAGCUUCGCGUUCCUGCGCGAUUUACGCCACAACACCCAGACUUUACUUUUACUCACCAGACAUACGCCGCAGACUUGGCUUCCCAUCCUCUGGGUAAGCUGUACCCUUCAGCAACGAAAGAUGCUUCAACUCAACCCAUCGACGUCGCCAUCAAACCACUUCUCGUUCCUCAUGAGUUCCCGACUAGUUUUGAUGAAAUGGUCAAGCAGCAGUGGCCGCAACUGACGCUCUCUGUCUCCUCCUUCAACGACGCCACUAUUUUAUCACUUCUACUACCUCACACGGCGAUGGAUGCCAGUGCCAUCACAUCCCUUCUAGAAAAUUGGUCCCUUGUGAUGGCCGGCGCUGAAGGCAAGGUUGAAAGCGUUUAUGGGAGGUCCGAGGAUCCUCUGCGAGUUCUUGACUCAGAUACCGAGACAAUGGAACCACACAUACUUGACAAUAAGCGCAUGAAGUGGUUGCAAGUUAUCGCCUUUGUCGCACGUUUUGUCUGGCGCAAAAAAAUGUGGCCUGCUGCGGAGACGCGUGUGAUUUAUCUGCCAGAGGAUGUGCUCGACGCCCUUAAAUCGCGAACGACUGGCGAGGCACAGAUUGCGGCACCGCAACCCGACGCAUUCAUAUCCGAAGGUGAUGUCCUCGCAGCCUGGCUCACUCGCGCAACUGUCAGUGCUACCCGGCGCAAGAUGCCAGCUACGAUGCUGGAUGUCGUAAAUAUCCGCAAUCGAAUUUCGGCGCUGGGCGGCAGGGAUGAGAUUUUUCUCCAGAACAUGCUUGGUAUUGUAUUUACACCGUUGUCUGUGGAAGACACACAGGGUUCCGUUGGCAAGAUCGCGCUGCUGCAUCGGCGUGCCAUAACCGAACAGCUGUCAGAGCAACAGGCGACGAGACAUUUGCGGAGGAUGCGUCGUGCGAUAAGAAAGGCCCCCUUGAGUUUGCCGCCCGUCUUUUACGGUCGCUCAUCCGCAGUCUGCCUGGUGUCUAACAAUGUGAGCAAGUCGGGCUAUGUUGCAGCGGUCGACUUUAGUCCAGCCGUGUCGGGUGCGUCAAUGGAGAGACAAAAUCCACCCGGAACACCAGUUUUCGGCAUCACCAUGCCGGCAGAAAUGUCGCACAUGAUGGGCUUCAAUUCCGUGUGGGGAAAGGACAACCAGGGAGGAUUCUGGCUCUCAGCGACCAUGUGUCGGACUGGAUGGGACAUUUUGGACAAGGACAUCGCAGAGCUAUCUAAACGUGUCGCCACGGGCUCGGCGGCAAGCAACAGCGCCUGA